CAUUUUUUCACAACGAUGCAUCUCGUCGCUAUUUCUCUAAUUAUUCUGAUAAGUUAUUUUUCAUUUAUCAAUAGCAAAAAUGUCAGUCUUGAAAAAAUUACUUUUACAAAGGAGGAAAUAAAAGAACUCCGCGAACUCUCUGCGCUCGAUGCAGUUUGCGGAGGCGCGGCACGAAUAGUUGGCGGGACACCAGCAAACAUCACGGAAGCUCCCUACCAGGUGUCAAUCCGUCGUUUGAGGAACCCGUCAACUUCUGUUUGGCGUAUGAGUAUUACCUGUGGAGGAUCCCUCAUACUUCCCAAAGUGGUGCUAACAGCGUCGCACUGUUUCGGAACCAAGUUCAUACCAAUUUCGGCAGAAAAAUACGCUAUCAUCCUAGGGAAUACCUUUCGUGUCCGGCGAUCUCCACAGGCCCAGUUGCGGAUGGCUACAAGGGUUGCAAUGCAUCCGGAGUUCCAGACGGUGCCUCUAGUGCAAAACGACGUCGCGAUAAUAAUUAUGAACAAAGCGGCUAUCGAGACGGAUUACGUGCGAAUAGUGCCGUUGGCAAUGGGUCCGAUUGUGGAGAAAACGAAAUGUUUAAUCACGGGUUGGGGCAGAGAAUACUUCCCAAUAGCAAGGAAACCGCCUUGUUUGAUGAAAGCAACCGUUCCAAUAUUGAAUAUUGACCAAUGCCGCAAUCGGUCGACGAUUUCAAUAGGUGCGGGAAUAAUUUGCGCUGGGUACUUCCAAGGAGGGAUCGACGCCUGCACCGGGGAUUCUGGAGGACCGUUGGUUUGCGACGGGGUUCAGUAUGGAAUUGUUAGCUAUGGGAAGGGGUGUGCUGAGAAGGAUCAUCCCGGUUUGUACACUAACGUUACCGAACACUAUGAUUGGAUCCGUGCGGAGGCUCUUAUCGAUUCUGGAAAUUUGAAAAUGUUGUCAGUUUGGUUCAUUCCCUUGGUAUCACUAAAUUUCCUGAUUUCAUUAAUGUAAAUAAAC